AUGGACUCAGAAAGACUCGAUUACAUUGAUAUUGAUGCAGAGAAUAGAUUAGACCCUAACCUCCUACCAGAGUAUGCUAGUCAAAUAUUUGAUUAUUACAAAGAAAGGGAGAUUCUUUUUAAAGUUGAUCCGUAUCUGGAUAAUCAGACUGACAUUACUAAAAAUAUGCGUGCUAUAUUGGUUGACUGGUUAGUGGAGGUGCAAGAGAACUUUGAACUAAAUCACGAGACUCUGUACUUGGCAGUGAAGAUAGUUGACAGAUACCUCAUGAAAAAGGAUGUUGGCAGAGAAGUUUUACAAUUAGUUGGUGCAACUGCUUUGUUUAUUGCUUGCAAAUUUGAUGAACGAUGCCCGCCUGUACUUGAUGAUUUUAUCUUCAUUUGUGAUGACGCUUAUCGUAGGACUGAGUUUUUAGCGAUGGAAAGGACUAUUUUGAAGACUUUGAAUUUUGAUGUUGGUGUGCCAUUGUCAUACAGGUUUCUCAGGAGGUUUGCCAAGUGUUCAAAAGCUACUAUGGAAACGCUUACGCUGGCUAGGUAUAUAUUGGAACUAACAUUGCAAGAUUACGAUUUCUGUGUAAAUUAUAAGGAGUCUCAUCUAGCUGCUGCCACGUUACUGUUGGCCUUUAAAAUGAAGAGAAUCAUGGAAUGGGAUUCAACUUUAGAACAUUACUCAGGCUACAAGAGUCAAGAUAUAUUACCUUGUGUAAAGAAACUGAAUGCAUUAAUAUCAAACCCAAAUAAACAACUUGCAACUGUCAGAACAAAAUACUCUCACAGGGUUUUCUUUGAAGUAGCCAAGAUUCCAAGCCUGGACAUGUUAGAACUCUAAUGUGUAUCCAAAUAAUUUCCAAUUUACUUGUACCAGACUGCCAUCAGCGUAUCUUUACAUUUUCAGAUAUCUGCUUAGAGCUCUACACUGCCUUCAAAAUUGCAUGUCUCUAAGACUGGUUAUACUGCCACUUUUAUAUUAUGUCAAAUGACACAUUUGUGCUAGUUUUUAUUGCAUUCAGCAGCAUUUAACUAAUUCAUAACCAAAGCCAAUUAAUGGCUUUUUUACUGUCACUGCCAUACUGCUCAAAACACCAAAAUGGCAACAUUGCCAGCCAAGUUGCUGACUGGUUUGCUUAUGUGUCUUGAGAUCGUUAACGAUUAGAACUGGAUAGUUGAAAUCACUAUUACGAGGGUGCGCUGUUCAGCAUUAGCUUUCAUUUAUGGGAGACAUGUAAAUUUAUGCAAUUGAGUGAAAUAAAUUGAAAGGCAAUUGCAUUGUGAUUUUCUAUUUGGCAAUGUUGCAGUUUUGGUGUUCGGAACAAUAUGAGCAGUCACAGUAAAACAAAGUAUUGAAUGCUUGCACCACAUAAAAUCCCGAAACUAUUGUUUGCUUACACAGCCGUAAAUAAGUGUUACCCAAUACUUCCUUCCCAGCAAGUGUUCAUGAGACAGUAACUUGUCCGAUAAUGAAGAUGUAAUUUGCAUUUUAUUAACAUUAAGUUGCUAUGCCUUGCAUUGUGUAUUUUUAAUUUUUUAACUAAUUCUUAGCUUUUUAUAGUUUUAUUUUAAAGUAUACCUGGCAUUCUCUUUUCAAAGUGUUGACAGGUAUAGUUUAUCUAUCCUGCUUUAAUUUUUUAGCUAUCUUGUGUAAAUACGUUAUUUCAAUUUUUAUAUAUUUUUUCUAAAAUUUCAUAAUUUAUAUGGUUAGUGUCGUCAUGGCAACAAUCUUUUACAUGCAUUUUAUUCAUAUAUAACAAUUAGAAUUGGUGGACAUAAGGAGUGACUAGUUCGAUAAUGUAAUUGAAAGUGACACUGCCAUUGUUUUCUGUUAUUGACUUCAAAUGUAACUCAUUUAAUCAUGAAAUAAGAAAAGCAUCAGUCGUGUUUAUUCAAAAAUUCACUUGAAACAAUCUCAAUUGUACACAACACCUGUAAAUAUAAAAAAAACAAUGCUUCCCCUUGAUCCUUGUAUUGGAGAAUUCCUAUUAGAAGUUUGCAUUUUAUAUCCAAAAGUUAACUGAAAUGCAAGACACUGCUGUUUGAUCUUGUCAAUUGCUGUAAAUAAUAUCGUGCUCAUUCACAAAGUUCCUUUAUUAAAAAUGGUCAGAUAACAGAAUUUUUUCAAUUGAUGUUUUUACAUGAUAGUUUUAUAUUACAAUUGGAACUUGAAGUUGAAUGACAUUUUGUACCAUUUCUUUAUGUAGAUAACUUGAAAAUAAAGUGGUAUUCACUCUUAGUUUGU